AUUUUGACUAAAGUCAGCAAACUAACCGGAAGCAAACCUUUUUCUUCUCAAAAGAACGUAGAGAGCAACAUGCCUGGAGUCACAGUAAAGGAAAUCGAUCAGCACGUUCUGACCAAAAACAUGGCUGCUUUUCUCAAAAAAUCCGGAAAAAUUUUUGUGCCCGAACAGGCCGUCUAUAUGAAGACUGGCAAGUUCAAGGAGACUGCUCCUACCGACGACGACUGGUUCUACACUCGCUGCGCCUCUAUUAUGAGACACCUGUACCUGCGCAGUCCCGCCGGCGUUGGGGCCUUCACCAAGGUCUAUAGCGGGCGCAAGCGCAACGGUGUUCGUCCGUCCAAGCACUGUCGCUCAUCGGAUGGCUGUAUUCGCAAGGCUCUUCAAGCCUUGGAAGCUGCUAACAUGGUGGAGAGGCACCCGGAUGGUGGUCGUAAGCUGACUCCGCAAGGACAACGUAACUUGGAUCGCAUAGCCAACAAGAUUGUGGCCAAGCAGCGAGAGCGCAGUGCACCAGUUUCCAUGAUUAUCACUACCUAAGAUGAUAAUACCAAUACCACGAUGGAUCAUCUUUGAGUGCCUUGGGUUUUCAAAACAUUCUCAAUAAAUCGAAACCAAAAAUAAAAUUAAACAAUUAUAUACAUAAUAAAAUAACUUAAUACUUGAAAU